AUGGACAAAGAUUACUCAUUUUUGCUACAGAUACAGCAUAUCAGUGAAUCCUCCAUCAUUUUUGGAGAUGGUACAUUCUACUCAUGCCCUGGACUAUUCUACCAGUUAUAUACUUUACACGGCCAGGUACAACAAACAGUGUUUCCAUUUAUAUACGGUCUAUUACCGAACAAGACUCAGCAAACAUAUAAUACUUUCUUUAGUGCCAUUAGCCAGCUUUUGACCGACAGAAAUAUUCAGUUGACAGCUCAUUCCGUUUUAUUUGACUUUGAAGUUGCAGCAAAGAAUGCCUUUAGGGCUGUGUUUCCAGCAGUUUCUGUCAAGUCAUGUUUUUUUCACUAUACACAGUGUGUUUGGAGGAAAACACAGUCUUGUGGUCUUGCUACCAGAUAUAGAAAUGAUGAUGAUGUAAAGACACUUGUCCGUAGAGCAGCAGUGCUUCCUUUGGUACCAGUGGGUCGGGUUGAGGACGUUUGGUUCAACGCACUUGAGGAUAGUGAGGACCAUACUCCAGAGAUGACCAGAUUUAAAGAUUAUAUAACAGAAACAUGGGUCGAAAGCCAUGACAAGGAGACAUGGAAUCAUUUUGAAAAUGCUGGACCAAGGACUACAAACCACGUCGAAGGAUGGCAUAGUAAAGUGAACCGUCUCUGUAGUAGUGCCCAUCCAAACAUCUAUAGCAUUAUUAAACUAAUCAAAUCCAUUCAGGCAACUAAUGAGUCUAAGAUCAUCCAGCUGGAAGCAGGAGCAAGACCAAGGAGGAAAAAGGCCAAGUAUCAGCGCAUUGAUGCUAGAUUGCGCAUCCGGAAGGACAGGUUCAGGAAUGGUGAACUUGACGUUUACGCAUAUGCUGACGCAGCAUCUCACUUAAUUCAUCUGAAUGAGUAAACCCCAACUACAUAUUCGAAUGGAAAAUGUGAACUAUAUAAUCUAACCUGUAAUAUAAACAUUUUGCUAUCUUAUUUAUAAAUGCUAUAUAUGUAUUAUAUUGAGUUACCUUGUGAUAUGAAUUAAAUAAUUAUGUUUUACAUACAUUUUGUUUAUGAAUUCAUCAUUUUGAUAGAUAAAUAUUUAAGAUACAAUGUAACUGUCGUAGUUUAUAUAGUAUAUUUUAAAUGAUAUAUAUGUUAGUCUGCAUUUUGUAUUGAUAUUUUAAAUAUAUGUAUGUGUACAUGUAAGUCUUAAUAACUGUGCUAUGAACCACAUAUUUUUAUCUGUAUUUUGUAUCUUAAUCAUUAAUAAAUUAUCUGUGACUUGUUAGUAAAA